CUGGGGUCCCUGCCAAGUCGGUUUGAAAAGAGCAGACAAAGGCUUUGAGCUCAGGACGCCCCUCUCUCUCUCUCACUCUGCCUACAAAGCCAACCUAGCUCUAUCUUCUCUGCUUUUCUAUCAUGGAAAUGUUUUUUAAUAGGUGGCGUUAAGAGUGUUGGUUUUAUUUUUACUUUCUUAUACUGAAAUGUACGACCGUCUGGAUCCCCGCUCGCCCGAGAGAGGAAGGCUUUUUGUAGGUAUAAUACAAGGAAGCGUCGUCUGAGAGAGGGAGAGAGAGGGGGAAGGAUUGACGCUUUUUCCUCCUCUCCUCCUCCUUCUUCCUUUCGCCCCCUCUCCUCCUCUUUUUGGCGGAGAGAGGGGUUGAGGCAGGAAUAAACGCUUUUUUUUGUUUUUUUCUUUCUUUUUUUUUUAAAUGCAUUUGAAUCCUACUGCGCAACCAGACCGGAUCACGUGGGAUUGGAGAGAGUUGGAUCGAUUUUGCACAGUUCAAUGUGAGAAAAAAGAGAGAGAAACAAACAACUCUUUCUUUUUUACUUCUGUGGAUAACUGGGACUGUUGAUACUUUUUGCAUUAGUGCAAGAGAAGGGGGGUGUUUUGAGUGGGAUCCUUCUUUCAGCCUUGGAGGUGUGGAGUAUUAAUUCUUAUAUGCCUGGGUUUUGAAAAACAAUGGAGACGCACAUUUCGUGCCUCUUCCCGGAAAUUUUGGCCAUGAUUUUCAGCUAUCUGGACGUGAGGGACAAAGGCAGGGUAGCCCAAGUGUGUAUCGCUUGGAGGGACGCAUCCUACCACAAGUCAGUGUGGAGGGGGGUGGAGGCCAAGCUGCACCUCCGCCGGGCCAAUCCCUCCCUGUUCCCCAGCCUCCAGGCCAGGGGCAUCCGGAGGGUCCAGAUCCUCUCUCUGCGCCGCAGCCUGAGUUAUGUGAUCCAGGGAAUGCCUAACAUUGAGUCCCUCAACCUGUCCGGCUGCUACAACCUCACAGAUAAUGGGCUGGGCCAUGCAUUUGUGCAGGAGAUCCCAUCACUGAGGGUUUUGAACCUGAGUCUGUGUAAGCAGAUCACAGACUCCAGUCUAGGCAGGAUAGCCCAGUAUCUGAAGAACCUGGAAGUACUGGAGCUUGGUGGCUGCAGCAACAUCACAAACACUGGGCUUCUCUUGAUAGCCUGGGGCCUCCACAGACUCAAGAGCCUCAAUCUGAGGUCCUGCAGGCAUGUCUCGGACGUGGGGAUUGGACAUUUGGCGGGCAUGACCCGCAGCGCAGCAGAAGGUUGCUUGAACCUGGAGUAUUUGACUCUCCAGGACUGUCAGAAACUGACGGACCUGUCACUCAAACACAUUUCCAAGGGCCUGACCAAGCUCCGGGUACUGAACCUGAGCUUCUGUGGGGGGAUCUCAGACGCAGGGAUGAUCCAUCUUUCCCACAUGGCUUCCCUGUGGAGCCUCAACCUACGCUCCUGUGAUAACAUCAGUGACACAGGGACCAUGCACCUCGCCAUGGGCACCCUAAGGCUCUCUGGGCUUGACGUUUCCUUCUGCGACAAGAUAGGGGACCAGACCCUGGCAUACAUUGCCCAGGGGCUGUACCAGCUAAAGUCCUUGUCCCUGUGCUCAUGUCACAUCUCUGAUGAUGGGAUAAACCGGAUGGUGAGGCAGAUGCAUGAGCUGAGGACCCUGAACAUUGGACAGUGUGUGCGCAUCACGGACAAAGGGCUGGAGCUCAUAGCUGACCACCUGACCCAGCUGGCGGGCAUCGACCUGUAUGGAUGUACCAAGAUCACCAAGAGGGGACUGGAGAGGAUCACACAGCUCCCCUGCCUUAAAGUGUUGAACCUGGGACUCUGGCAGAUGACAGAGAGUGAGAAAGUGAGGUGAUUGGAAAUGUUUUUUUUUUUUGUUUUUUUUUUUUGUGUGUGUGACUGUGUGUGUGUGUGUUUGCCUUUUACUUUAUGGAUGGGGACAGAGGGGGACACAAGGAGCAGGAGGGAGGGGGGCGGAUGGGUGGGGAAACAUCUUUUCUUAUUUAAAAAGAGGGAAACCUUCCUUUCCCUCAUGUGUAAGGAGUGCUUCUCCCAUGUGACCAGAAUCUUGUGUCCAAAUGUUUUAUUUUUCUUUCUGUUGGCCUUGCAGGAUCUAAAUUAGUGUUUGAUAUAACUUAAUAUUCUGCCUGGUAGGAAGCAAUUAAAACUUGCUUUUGUUGUGAACUCAUGAAAAUCCCUAUUAGCAAUUGUUUUGAUCUCAUAUUGAGUUUUAAUAUCUCCUAAAUUCUGACAUUGGACUGGAAUAACUUCAAUGCAUAUCAGCUUGUUUCACACAUUUCAAAAGUGUCAUUAUCUUCAUACUAUUAGAAUAAUCUGCUCCAUUUACUGACACUUGCUUCCAGAAAAUUCUUGAAGUGAAACUUGCAUCCAUUCAAACUGGCACAUUCCUUUUUCAUUUAAAGCAAAGUGAGGUUUUAAAACUUGAGUAUGAGACUUUUAUUUUUACAGUGAGUCUGGAUUUGAGACAUUUAACGACUAAUCUCCGCUACAGCCAUCACGCCUAAAAACAUUUGGCUACCUCGUAUGUGGUUGUUUUCAAAGGGUGUAUACUGUUAAAAAAAAAAAAAAAAAAAAAAAAAAAGAA